AUGGCUACAGUGGCAAUUAACGUGGUGCUACGUGAUUCACUUAUAAUGGCUGGCAAUGAAUUGUACGCAAAAAUUUUACUGGAUACCGCUGAGGUGACCACAUUUGUCAAUGAAUUCUACGCCGAUGUCGAGGGUAUUGCGCGAACGGGUUGGAUUAACAUACAUACGGAUAAAAUUUUUGAAACUGGAAAGCAAUAUAUUAAUGCUCAUAUACCUUUGCUGGCUAGUGGUACUUGCCUUCGUGAGGGUCGUCAUCAGUUUCCAAUACGGGUUUUGAUUCCAGACUAUGUACCAAGCAGCUUUGAAAGUCAGUUUGGAACUGUGCGAUAUGCAAUAAAAGUAAUUUUGAGGACAAGAUCUGAACAGUCAUCGGUGACUGAAGUAUUUCCAUUUCUGGUUACGGCACGAUCUUUUUUGGAAGAUUUGCCGGGCAGAAUGUUACGAAGCUAUGAGUGUAAUGAUGAAGUUGAUUUCACUUGCUGUACAUUUCCAUUUGGACGGGUUUUCGUAAAAAUUUUAAUGCCACGUACCGCAUUCGUUGUCGGUGAAGAAAUUCACUGUUCAGUUUUUAUUAAAAAUUCGAUGAGAAAAACCCUGAAAGACUGUUGUAUAAGUUUAAUUAUGAAAACUCAGUAUGAGGCAACCAGUCGAUACGAAAGGUUAAACGAGAAAAAGUUGUUGGAACAGAUUAUUGAACUGGUCACUCUUGGUAAAGCCAGGCGUAAAGCUUUCGAAGAUCAGAUUCUAAAGUUGCCAGACACAGUUCCUCCGACACAACAGCAAAAUAAAACUGAGCCUCAUAUCAUUAUUCUCUCAUAUGUUGUUAAGUUCACUGCACAACCGGGUAUCGAAUUAGAGCUUCCAAUUGUACUAACGGCCGAACGACAAAGAGGUUUACCAUUACCAAUAGGUACCAUUGAGCAAAAUUAUAAUGAUGAUAAUUUGGUGUAA